AUGUCACUGCUUUUCAUGGCUGAUGACAGUUCACUUGCAGGAUUCAGACAGCUUCCUUUGCAGGAAAAUGAUGGUUGUACCACUGUUAACCACGGAAGAGGAGGAGGCAAAGCGGCCGCUGAACGAUAUGCCGCAGAACAAGAACAGCUUCGACAGGAACAGCUUCGGCAGAAGGAGGAGGCAAGAGCAGCCGCCGAACAAUAUGCCGCGGAACAGGAACAGCUUCGGCAGGAGGAGGAGGCAAGAGCAGCCGCCGAACAAUAUGCCGCGGAACAGGAACAGCUUCGGCAGGAGGAGGAGGCAAGAGCAGCCGCCGAACAAUAUGCCGCGGAACAGGAACAGCUUCAACAGGAGGAGGAGGCAAGACAAUAUGCUGUGGAACUAGAACAGCUUCGCCAGCAGGAGGAGGAAAAAUUGGCCGCUGAACGAUAUGCCUUAGAACAGGAACAGCUUCGACAGGAACAGCUUCGACAGGAACAGCUUCGGCAGGAGGAGGAGGCAAGAGCAGCCGCCGAACGAUAUGCCGCGGAACAGGAACAGCUUCAACAGGAGGAGGAGGCAAGAGCAGCCGCCGAACGAUAUGCCGCGGAACAGGAACAGCUUUGA